GUGUGCCAUGUGCUCCCUUCAGUUGCAGAAUUGGACCAGCUUUAGCACUCUCUUUGCUUACACUCUGAGUUCGGCAAACAUUGACUGUGCAGAAUGUGGAUGUUGCUGUUGUUGAAGGAGGUCCAUUUCCAGCAGCUGAAAUGGUGUGGGGACAGACCCAACUGCUGUUGUGCUUGUUAGUUGCGGUUUUCCUGGCGAUGCCGCACUGUGAUGCCGCUGCUCCAAGUCUUCGUUCAACAGGCACUAGGUAUUUGCUAGCUACGACAAGUGCCAAUGGAGCUAUGUUAGAGGAGUCGAAGAUCGGCGAUGACAAAGUGGUGCCGACUUCUCCGUUGGAAAACAAAAACGAGUCCAAUGUGUGGACCCACUUUCAGGAGCAAGAGGUUUCGGUGGACUACACACCCUCCGGAGCGAAUCCGGACCCUGGAAUGCCCCCCCCAAUUGGUGCUUAAAAUUCCAGUCACUGCAUUAGAACAUGCAACUUAUACACUCCUCCAAGUUUGGCAGAGUUGACAUUGAGCUGAUAACUUCAUGCAGUGGGUGUAGCUUCAUGUACACCGGCUCCAGGUACACCUUUUGACAGUGAAGAAGCAACAAGUCACAGUUUCGGACAAUCACAUAGAGAAUAAAAUGAAUUAUGGUGGGUUUCUUCAUGCAAUAUUCUUUUGAUUGAUGAUGAAGUGUCACACACCUGCCUAUUUUCUCUUCAUCAGACCUAGAAGUCUGUUUCCUUGGGUAUUGAAGUGCAGUAUUUACUAUUCCCCCGAACGUUGCCAGAGGAGCAAUCAAUUUGGAAGGCUUGUUGUCAUGUGGAAA